GGUUAUGUUGCCGUGGUUUCAAUUUGCGGUUCUUUUAGUUGCACGUGCAUGGAGAAAUUUUUAAUUCUUUCUGGUUUUGACACUGCUCCAACGACCUUUGGACAACUAACAAGAUGUCAAUUUUGGAAUAUUCCGAAGCACCCCCAAAACAGGGAAGGUCUUCAUGGAAAAACGUCCACAACUGUAAACUAUGCUCCUACUUUACAUCAUCGUUUUUUCUCAUGACCAACCACGUGAAGCGGCACCGUACAUCUCCGGAAAAAUUUACGUGCGAAAACGCCGAACUCGAAUUGUAUUACUGUAAAGACUGCGACUUUAAAACAGAACUAACGCCUCUGUUCAAACAACACGUUAAUAAACAUCACGGCCUUCAGACAGAAUCUAGAAAACAUUCAUCAAAUGUGGACUUCCGCAUACACACCUACGUUUGCAAAAAGUGCAACUUUGAAACAAAUUUCUCAUUCAAGUGGCUUCAACAUACUUCAGCAUGCACGAAAACGAAAGAAAAUCUUCAGAGUGUGAGGUCUCCAAAACAGAAGUUCACAUAUUGUUUCCAUUUCGACCAAACUGACGGAACACGUUGGUAUUACUGUAAAAAAUGUGCCUACAAAACCAAAGUCAAACGUUAUUUAAAACGUCAUGUAAUAAAUCACACUUUGAACAAGCGAUAUGCUUGCGACAAGUGUCCAUUUAAAACUAAACAUAAAGGAGAUUUAAAAAAGCACAUAAAUGUCCUCCAUUUAAAUGAACAAGAAGUUGAAUGGCACAAGUGCCAAAAAUGUUCAUUCCAAACCAGAACAAAAGCUAAUAUAAAAAGACACAUAAACAAUGUACACUUAAACGGAGAGGACGUUAAAUGGUUCAGAUGUGAUGAGUGCUCUUUCAAAAGUAAGUACGAAAAAUCUUUAAGGAUACACGUAACCGCAAAACAUCUAGAGGAAGAAAAAAUUAAGUGGUAUAAGUGUGAAAAAUGCCCAUAUAAAAGUAAACAACCAUCGAAUUUAAAAAGUCAUAUAAACUGUCGACAUUUGGAUGAAGCGGAAGUUAAGUGGUACGAAUGUAAAGACUGUCCAUACAAAAGUAAAACAAGAACUCAGUUAAAUAUGCAUGUAAAUGUCCAUUUGGAAAUUAGGUCAUAUCAAUGUGGUUAUUGUCCAUAUAAGGCGAAAAACAAGUGUCAUUUAAGGCGUCAUGUAAAUAACCUCCAUUUGGAUGGAACUGAAGCUAAAUGGUACAAAUGCAAACGUUGUCCUUACAACAGUAAAAGUGAAGCGUCUUUCUAUAGACACAAAAAAAAACACGUUGGGAUUUAGUUGAUCAUAAGCCGAAUAUGUUAGUACUAAGUUGAAUUUAUAUACAUAUAUUUUUUGUUGACCUAUAAAUAGUUUUCAUUAAAAUUAAAAAAAAAAAACAGCUUGAUUUGAUUUAUUCACGGAAAAACAAGUCCUUUACAACGAUAUAUGAGACAAAGUUAACUACACAAGUA